GAGAGGGAGGGUGGAGAUAAACGCUUAUUGUUCUUGAGCAGCCUGAAACUGGAGGUGUGGUAUCUGCCGGGCGUUGUCGUGGAGACAGAGUGCUGGCUGCUCGCUGUUCCCUCUUCCUCUUAGCCGAUCACUCAGACUCUGAUCACAAGGAGGCUGAUCCUUAUGGCAUCUAGAGCAGCAGCCACAGUGGAUGCAAGACACUGCGAUUCGCUCUUCUUUGGCAUUCAAGACAGAGGCUUUAGACAGUGUUGGAUGCUGUUCCAGGGUAAAGAGCAAAAAGUCUGGAUUCCAGGGAUGGAGAGGGACAGGUUUGGUCUGUCAGACAAUAAAGAGGCUAGAGACCUGCCUUCCGUUCUCGAGAGACAGACCGAGCUUUGACUGAAUAAGUGGCCAUGCUGUUCUCUCGAAUCUUGUGUGCUCUGGGGUUCACCCUCCUGCCCCUCCUUCUGUUUCAGUGCCCUGCCCACGCCUGUCCUGCCCGUUGUGAGUGUUCUGUGCCCACGCGUUCUGUGUCAUGCCAUCGCAGACGGCUAGCGCAGGUGCCUGAGGGCAUACCUAUAGAGACGAGGGCUUUGGACCUCAGUAAAAACCGUCUGCGCAUUGUGACGCCACAGAACUUUUCCUCACUGUUGCUACUCGAAGAACUAGAUCUCAGCAACAAUCUGUUGUCCUCUGUGGAGCCUGGCAGCUUCCGCACCCAGCCACGGCUACGCCAGCUCCGAUUGCGCAGCAACCAGCUGACCCUGCUGCCCCGUGGAGCGCUAGCUGGCAUUAGUGAGCUCACUCUGCUAGAUGUCAGUCAGAACCGCCUUGUUAUUCUGCUGGACUACGGCUUUGAGGAGCAGCGGAGGCUGCGUGUGCUGGAGCUGAGUGAUAAUGAGCUGGUGUUUAUCGCCCCACGGGCGUUUAGCGGCCUGGCAUCUCUGCGCUCUCUAACACUGCAGCGCAGCAACUUGAGCACAGUGCCUACACAUGCUCUUGCUCAUCUGCACGGCUUGACCAGCCUGCGAUUGCGGGACUUGGGCAUUGCUGAGCUUCAGGCACAUGCGUUUAAGGGUCUCCCACGACUCAAACAUCUAGAAGUGGACCGCUGGCCUUUGUUGGAGGGGUUUCCCACCUCAGCUUUGCAGGGACUGAACCUCAGCACACUGUCUGUUACACACACCAACUUGUCGAUUGUGCCAGUCGUGACACACCUGUUGUAUCUAACACACCUCAACCUGUCCUACAGCCGAAUACGAGUCCUGCCAGCAGGCUGGUUGCGGGGAAUGGACAGGCUGGAAGUUGUACGAGUGCGACAGGCUAAUCUGCUCAGAGUGGAGCCUCAGGCCUUUCAAGGAGCUUCCUCUCUGCGGCUUCUCGACCUUUCUUACAAUCGUCUCACCACUCUUGAGAGGAGUGUUUUUCCUGCCUCCGAGGCCAUGCAGAGUCUUCUGAUCGGUCAGAAUCCCUUUGUGUGUGACUGUCGUCUGCGCUGGCUGCUGGAAAGGACUCCACCUCUGCUGUUUGGAGAAGUUCAACCUGAGUGUAAUGCACCUACCCCCUUGGCUAAGAAACUCCUGAGGGACCUGGUGGAACCUCUACUCUCUCGUUAUGUCAUCUGCACCAAGCCCAGGGUGAUCUCCAUGGCAGCAUUUCCGGCACAGGCGGAAGAAGGGCAGAAAGCUUGGCUAUACUGCAGUGUAGAGGGAGCGCCACCUCCCUCGGUGUCAUGGCUGACACCACAUCGGCGCCACAUUACCACGAAGAGUACCGGCAGAGUGGUGGUCCACAGCAACGGCUCAUUGGAGUUCCGCAUGGCAGAGCCUCAGGAUAGUGGCAUGUAUGUGUGUGUGGCUUCAAACCCAGCAGGUAACGCUACUCUAUCUGUGACACUUGCUGUUAAAAGCUCGGGAAUCAAGGACAGAGCCCUAUAUGCCAACCGCAGCUUGAUUUUUGACCCUGACUAUAACAGCUCCCUGAUAAAUGGCACUGAGGAAUACACCAUCAGGGUGGUGCUGGACUUCACCACCAUCCUGGUUUCCACAGCAAUGGGCUGCCUCAGCUUCCUAGGCGUCGUUUUAUUCUGUUUCCUCUUGUUGUUUGCAUGGAGCCGAGGCAAAGGGAAGCACAGAGGAAGCGUGGAUAUCCAGUAUGUCCCACGAAAGAGAAAAGGCGCAAACUCAGAACUUACAGAAACAAGCGGGCCCAGACGAGUCAACAUGAAGAUGAUCUGAACAGUUUACAUGACCGAAGAUUUCACGAGUUGCAUGUGCGUGUCUGUUGAACUUUGAGUCCUUGAGUAUGUGUGCUGCAAAAGAUGCAAAGGACAUAUUACAUCAUGAAGUUUACACGUGGUUUCCUAAAGAAAGUAAAGAAGAAGAAAAACAAUAGGAUGAGCGCCUUCUGCGAUGCUUUGUCUGUGGAAAGCAUUAUUUGAGCAGUGUAGAUGUGUGUAAGUUCAAGUUGUUGCAUAUAUUUCAUAUUUGUGGGA